GAGAAAUACACUGCUUGAAAACAAAUGAAUACUGAAUUAUAAAUUCAUCACCUAUGGAAUCUAUAGAAGAUGAAGAGUUAUUUGAUUUUUAUCAUUUCAAUAAUACUGGAAUAUCUGAUUAUCCACAUGAUUCUGCCGUUUGGAUAUAUGCAGCCCCAAUUCUCAUAGUAGCUGGAGUCACUGAAAAUAGUAUCUCAUUAAUUAUAUUAUUAAGUCAACGUUUCAAAACUCUACCGAGUCGUUUCACUCUGAUGAUACUAGCCAUCAUAGACAGCCUAGUAUUAUUUUUUGGAUUAAUACGUUAUUGGAUAAACGGAGUAUUUGAAACACAACCAAGUGAAUGGAGUGAAAUAUGGUGUAAGUUAAUGUCGAUGAUUGUAUUCACUUUAUCUCAUUUAAGUUCAUGUCUUGUUGCCUUGUUAAGUAUUGAAAGAUUUUUUGCAGUUUACUUACCUCAACAUAAAUUUAAACCAUCCAUAGAUUAUUUUGGUAGUGUUUUAUUAAUUAUCCUAUGUACUUGUAUUAAUUUAAUACAUUUAAAAUAUACAGUUCUUGAAAAAAAUCCACUUUUUCAUAAUAAAAACAUUACAUUACCUGAACCUGGUCUUCAAACUGAAUUACAUAUAUAUGUCUGUGUUAAUCCAAGUAUAAAGAUUGCUAUUCUAAUUGAUGUAUUGGAUGUACUCUUACUAUUUGUACUACCAUUCCUUAUUAUUGUUAUAUGUAAUUCAUAUGUAAUAUGGAAGCUAACAAAACAUUCAAACCGAUUAAAAUAUACCACGAAUAAUAAUUUAAACUUGCAUUCAAUGUUCAAUUUGCAAAAUGGUAAUAUUUCACUAACAAUGAACAGUGAUAUUGAACAAGUCAAAUCAUAUUCUGUUAUUUCAGUUCCGUUUAAUUAUCAAGCACAUUCAAAAUAUAUAAAUUCUGCACCAGUAUAUGAUAAAACAAAAGAUUGUCAAAAUAAGCCUAUUCAUCAGAGAAAAUUAAAAACCUCAAUAACAAAACGUCAUUUGCGUAUUACGAAUACAUUAUUAGUAGUGACAUUUGCUUUUUUAGUAUGCAAUCUACCAUUCGCUGUGAUACAUAUUAUACGAACAGCUGAUGAUACAUACCAAUCUGAUUUAUGGAAUAAAGCUUGGAUGAUAUCCUAUUUAUUAGUAUAUAUAAAUAAUUGUAUGAAUUUUCCAAUUUACAUUAUUUCACAACCACCAUUUCGUUCUGAGUUUAAAAAGAUACUUUGCCGAACUAAUAAAGAUUAGCUUAUGAUUCGAAAAAAGUGAUAUCAUCUGUAAUUGGUUAAUAUAUUUCGAAGGAUUAUUUUUUUUCCCUCUUAUAUUUUAUUUGAAUUUAUAAAUAUAUAAGGU